AUGUCUUGCUUUCCAAAAACAAAAGCAACACAACAAUCAGCAAAAGAGAAAUCAGCAGCAUCCUCUUCUACACUUCCACAAUCCGAACAUCCUACAAUCACUUCAGCAGUAGCAGCUGAUCCAACCCUACCGCCAUCCAAAGCUGCAACGAGAUUAUUUCCAAACCCUCCAGCAUGGAAGAGAGGUAUUCUGCGGUUCAAAAUCAAAGAACAACUAGAAGAAGGUAGAGGGAAAAAGUGGAAUUGGCAUAAAGGUGCAGUCCAUGUAGGUAAUCAAGAACCGGAUGAAAAGGAACUACAGUCUAUACGUGAACGAUUUGGGUACUCGUCAGAUCCUGAGAAAGGUCCUUCAAAGUUGUACCUUAUGAUGCUUGCAGACGCAUGUCUUCCCCUACCACGCAAUCCAAUGUCAGGCGUAGUGUCGCCGUCACUACUAGCCACAACUGGUAUCGUUCCCUUUUCGGUCUUUAGUACAGGUCCUGAUAUCAUUCAGCACUAUUACGACUGCAUCGUAGCAGCGCAAAAGGAAGUGGUUUGUCUAACGAACUACUGGCAAUUGGGAAAGAACGUCGAUCGAAUCUCAGACGCUCUACGGGAACUGAACAAACGACAUCAAAAGAGAAAGGAAGAGAGAACGACCCAAGAUAGUAACGGUAAUUCUGAAUCUGAAUCCUCCAAAAAGCAACUUCGAGCAAAAGAUGUCAAGCUCGAAGAUAAAAUUAUCGUCAAGCUUAUGUGGGAUCGUGGUCCACAAACACUAGCUGAUUUGUUCCGUAUACGAAAACCAGUCCCGCCAGAACUAUGGAAAAAGAAUGGCUUACCGACUGAAGAUGAAAUCCCCUACCUGAGUGUGGAAAUCUUGAACUACCACAGACCUCUGAUGGGCACUUUCCACGCCAAGCUGCUUCUUGUCGAUCGUCAAGUUGCUGUGAUUAACAGUAAUAAUAUCCAAGAUCGACCCAAUCUAGAAGCAUGCACUCGAUUGGAAGGUGAUAUUGUCAAUUCAGUAUACGAUCACGCUUUGAUCUCUUGGGGUAAUCGCCUCAAUCCACCUUUGCCUUGCCUCGGAUCGCCUGCUCCAAAAACACCAUCUCCAUCAGCAUUCUCUGGAGGAGAGGAGUCUACUUUGCCCCACAUUACAGCAGCUCGCUUGCGUGAGAUUGCAAGUUCCGUUCGAGAGCGUCUACGAUCAGACGACGAAGAAGCCGAAGUAGAACAAGCGCGACCUCCAAUACGAAGAAUGAGCUUUGCCGAUGUGAUGGAUGGAGUGAUGCGAAGGGAUGGAACGAUGCACAGCCCAACACAGACUCAUGCACCAAAAACACCACGAUUUGGACCCUCGACGCCCAAAUUUGGACCAUCAUCUCCUCAGAAAGAUAAACAGCAAGGCUCGCCAAACAUUGACAGAGAACAGGCUGCCCGUAAUGCGGGUGCUGAAUGGGCUCGAAAGGCUUUACGAUUGUCUGAUUUCCAAGAAACACACUCACAACCAGCGCAAGGCUCUCAAAGUGCUGAUCAGGCUCUUACACCCAAUCGUCGUCACUUUGCUGAUGUAGUGUAUGCAUUGAUGGAAAAAGAAGGUAUAAAGCCUGGUUUGUGGGCAGAAGGUGCAUUGGACGCAUUCGGAUUGGGUCCAAGUAGUAGUAGAAAUGUUGCAGAUGAGGCACGCAAGAGUCGCAAUGCAGCCAAGACUGCUGCUGAAAAGGGUAUUAGUAUUCCACAAAUGGUGAAAGAAGAGGAUGGCAAGAGCGAUGGACAUGUCGCUGGCGGUGAUGAUACAUUAAAUGAAGUCGGUGCAGGAUCUCCAGAUGCCAAAGCCGUAUCCCCUCAACAUACAACAGAAACUGCAUCAAAUGUACCUGCAACUAUCACCAAGCAGUCGUCACCUUCACAGUCUACGAGUAACCUCGAAGUACCAAAAGCUGGCAAUAGUGCCAAUGGUGAUGCAAAUCUUACACCAACAGAUCCAACUCUUGAUGAGGCACCGGAAGCUGCGCCGGGAUCGAAAGCAUACCAACGUCGAAAGAGGACCAUCUCUUCCCGUUCUCGCGCAUCAGCAUCUGAAAGAUUGGCACAAAUUACCAAAUCACUCGAUUUUGCCAACCUUUCACAGGUAAAAGGUGAAAUCACAGCACAACAAUUAGCAGCGAUGACCGAUCGGGUAGCACAAGAGAUCGGAGGAAGUUUUGCACAAGGAGCUGUUGAUAUUUUGGAUUUCAAUCCUUACAUCUUCCAUUUACCUCAUUCACCUGUGCCAAUGGCAUUGGUUAACAGAAGACCACAUGGAACGCCAGGUCAUUCUGAUAUUCGAAACGCUCAAGAUGCAGCAUGGUUGGCAGGCUUCAGAUAUGCAAAAGAGCACAUCUUCCUACAAAGUCCUACUCUAAACGCAACGCCGAUCAAACAUGCUGUCCUGCAUGCUGUUCGUCGUCAUGUUCGUGUGGAGCUGUGGCUGGGUCUAGGAUUCAAUGACAAGAGUGAAAGUAUGCCAUUCCAGGGUGGUACGAACGAGAACGUGGUCACACGAUUAUACCGUCAAUUGCGUAGAGAAGGAAAAGGAGACGAAAAGUAUUUAGAAGUUUAUUGGUAUACAGGAAAGGAUAUGGCAAGACCGUUGAAUGCAGUUCGUAAGCAACGUAAUUGUCACGUUAAAUACGUCUCUUUUGAUGGUGAAGUGGCCAUCAUCGGAAGCGGUAAUCAAGAUACACAAUCGUGGUAUCAUUCACAAGAGAUCAAUGUCAUGGUCGAUAGCAGGCAAAUCGUUGGUGAAUGGGAUCGUGCAUUACGUCGCAAUCAAAGCACACAUUUGUACGGUCGCGUAGACGAUGAUGGAAUCUGGCGUGGAAGGACAGGAGCGGAAACGGUUGAUAAGGGAGGGGAUUAA